CUCCACACACAUCCACAUGACCUGCAUGCAGAAUGUCACGCUUCGUAGCUGCUGGCGCUGAUGGAGAGCCGACUGAACAAGAUGAGAAAUGGCUUGCGGCGCAGCAAGCUAUCGAGGCCACACGCCGUAAGCCGAAGGUAGAGCCUGGUCAGCAAGAGGGCGGAAAAUCACUCUAUGAAACCCUUCAAGCCAACAAAGCCGCCAAGCAAGAAGCAUUCGAGCAAUCCAUCCGCCUGGGCAACCAGUUUCAAUCACUUGAUGAAGACGAUGUGGAAUUUCUCGACUCAGUCCUCGAAUCUACACGCGCACAGGAAGCUGCUGUGAAGCGUGAGACUAAGGAGCAACUCGACGCUUUUCGGCAACGGCAACUCGAAGCCGAGCGAAGACUUGCAAAGAGUGGUAGCGUCACUAGUCCUGGGCCUGGAAUUGAUGCUGCAGAGCAGACAGAGUGGACCGUGGGCAGAAAACGCAAGAAAAAUUACAGAGAUGUCUUGGGAGGCGUCAAACUUCGGAAACAAUCUUCCACCGAAGACAAGAAGCCCGUGAUAGCAGAGAAACGUGCCCAAACACCGGACUCGCUGCGAAAGUCGGAGGGAAGCCCAAGAGAAGAGGAUCCUGCGGGCGCUGUUGUGCCACCGAAGCCAGACGCCGAGCAGGACCGCGCACCUUCCAAAGCAGCGACCACCUCUGUGCCUUCGACUGGAGGCCUUGGCCUGGGAGCCUAUUCGUCUGAUGAAGACGACUGAAGAUAGUUUCUGGCACAAGUCUACUUCCCUUCCCUACGCUUUGAUAGGUUGAUAUGCUGGGCGCACAUAGGAGGAGAUCUUUUAGCUUGAAUGGACAUUUCAGCCCAUGGGGACGUAGACUUCGGUUGCCGGGUAGCUGAUACAGCGAAGCAUUAGGCUGCGGCCUCGAAGCUUGCGGGAAAGCUUUACCGCAUAUCAAACCACGUUCUUUGGAGCACUCCCUUGCACGAGAGCAUGGCCGGUUCAGC